AGUGACACGACUGUAUUGUUGUCCACGAUGGUUACUCACAGAUUUUGACAAGUUGGCAUGAACGAGCGCCACGAUGCACUGUACAACCGAGCGCGUGGUGUUCUCAACCAGAACAUCAAACGACUCUGGUUUAAAGUUAAUCCUUAUUUGGAGAAGAAGGACACGCUCGACGCACACCCAGAGUCGCCUACACGCUUUAUCCAGCCUCUGCAGUCGACCAUUCUGAGCGAAAGUUUACUUGACCACAAAACAAGGGAACACCGAGAACUUGAAAUAGGUGGAUUCUGGGAGUUCCUCUACUCAGACCAAUGGAGUGGUCACUGCUCGGUACGUGUGAUGGAGGGUCAGUUACUAGAGACAAUGAUGGCGGUCCUACACGCGCUGGAAAGGGACGGGGAAGUGAUCCACAAGAAAACGCAUGCGUACGCGCGAAAUGAGCGCGAGAGGCGGGGUUGUUACAGACUUGCCAAUCAAGAGGGGUGUGACACAGUGCAGGAGACACUUCUGUUGGAGUUUACGUAUUAUGGCCGCCGGAAGCAGAGAUCACCACAAAGCACGGCUGAUUCAAGCAGUGGCUACCCUGGUAGCGGGGGUGGUACCACCACAUUGGGAUCUGCGUCCCCUUCCUGUCCCUCGAGCAACGAAACAUCUACAGCUGUCCCAAACAUCCACAGCUCACCAAAACCGCCAAACAUCACUAAACCCACACGUCGAAGACGGCAAAGUGCCCCAAAUAUUCGAAGAACGGUGCCGAAGAAUACACAACGCCGCCUGUCCCGAAUUCCAGAUACCGCGGAAGAAGGCAAAAAUUUAACCAAUGAAUCUGAACGUCAAGAUCGGAAUUUUCUUUUAGAGCUUCCUGAUUUCCAAUCUAACAUCAGUAGUGAGAGUAGCGAUUUCCGAACGACAAACGCAAUUGUUCGGAAUCUCUCCAGACUCCCCUGCUCGGAAAAGAUACCAUAUACGGGAAACGGCACUAUGGAGGAAUUUGGUCUUCAAAAUGAAAACCUACUAACAGAGGACGGGGUGGAAUUAUGGGAGGAAAUGAUGUACUUAAGUGAUGUUAAAUCGAAAAGUGCGAUGGAAACAUCAUCAAUGAAACUCAGACGAUACAUGAAUGAAAAAUACCAAGCGAUAAAGGAAAAGGAGGAUUUGUACGCAGAGUGGGAAAAGCAACGAAUUUCAGCUUUCAAACCUGUGUCGAAAUAUGCUGAAAUGGACGCCGAAGAAAGCAGUAGUUCUUCUGGAGUACAAUAUCGAUUUCUCGACACCGUUCCGGAUUUCGAGGAUUUUCUCCUGAUAUUAGAAGAGGAUUCAAAGUUUGAUCCUAGAUUUAAAAGAGCAAAACAAAUCAGUAGGAAAAUCGCCAAGAGGUACAACAUCGCGAAGGAAAACAUUUCUGGUAUAGCUGGUGCCGAGAAUGAAAAGAAAACGCAAAAUACGUCCUCAAGAUUACCGCCGAUCUCAGAGAAAGGCAACCAAACGAAGAAAAGCUUUCGUUCGAGUGAUAACAAAUCUCGGAUGUCGUCCAAGACUCCGACAGGUUCCCGUAGAAUCUCCGCGUUUGGCAGAGGCAGUGUAACGAGUAUGUAUGUAAACGAGAAAGUGGACAACGAGAAAACAGCCCACGAAGUUGGAGUUGUCACAGCUUCAAAGUCCUGUGAGAAACAUGUACUUGAGCAUGGUGGGCGGCGCAGUUCUCAUAGAGGAUCCAUGUGUAAAGGAUUGACUCUAAAGGACAAUAAGAAAAAGAAAAAAACACAAGAGGAAGUCCCCUCGAUAUACCUGACAUCUCCUGCCGGCGCAAACUAUCUGUUGUACCAACCUGUGUCAACAAAGGUGGAGUCAAAGAGGCGAGGGACGCUACACACAGCUAAUACGUCUGGUCCAAUUGCAGAAGUGGAAUUCGAACAAGAACCAUCAGAGAAAGCAGUUGGUAGAAUUGAUCAGAGUGAGAAAGGAGUCUCAAAAGAUAACGUGUAUUCAAGUGACGACGAGCAGGAUGAUACGACAGAUAUCCAAAAACUGUUUGAUACCAGAAAGCUCAACAAGCAAUACAGCUUCGAGCGUUUGCGCGGGAAGAACUUCCACAAGAAGAAGCCGGCGUUUUUUGGUGUCCUUAAGAAAUACUAUAAAAUGCAGAAAGUCGCCGAUGCGUUUACUAGCCACAAAUCUAAACGUAAAUCGGUGUUUCAACGUCUGCUUGAUAAAGACAGGCAGCGUCAUGAAUCAGAUACGGAUGUGGUAGGGAAACUGAAGACCUACAACUUCCUGUACCACAGACAGAGGACAAAGACUGAGGUCGAUAAGUGCGAUUUCAGCAGUCUCUCUAUGGAUAUCUUCCGAGAUAAUCUCAUCCGGGCACUCGAUGACUUCGUCGUUAGGAAAGAACGGGUCGUGUCAAAUAUUGGCGCGAAAAGUACAACACACAUAACCUUCACUAAACAAUCUAUUUUUAAUCACAGAGAAUGAAGAUCGUGAGUUGUGACGUCACAAACAUCAUACGAUACAACCUGGUAACAAUUUGUGGUUUGAUGUUAAUAAGACGAUUUCUAACCUUUCACUGUCUUUGUUCAAAUGUUUUCAAUAUAAUGUUCGUCUUUUUACUGUGUUUAGCCCUUCUUUCCUGUAUCCCCACUUCAACUGUUAACAAGAGGCCCAUGGGCCUUAACGGUCACCUGAUUUUUGAAAUAUUUCAGUAAAUUUGAAUGAAAGAAUGAAUUUCAAAACAAAUAAAA